GAAAAUAAUAUAGAGGCUGACCUGAUUGUAGAAGACGUGAAGGUAUUUUCUGGUCAAGAAAGCAUGAACGAUACAACAGAAGUGGUGGCACAAGAACUAGAAAAGUUGCCAAGCAUUACAGCCAUGGUGACGAGCUCUGAAACUUUAGAAGAUGCACCAAAGCUCAGUAAAGGCUCAAACAGAAUUGAGAAGGGAGAAUCAAAUGAAGUAGUUAAGGAUCGCAGACUGAAGCUCACGAGGGAAACUCAGUUUGUAGCCAAAGAAGGAAAAAGAGCAAACAAGGAAAACAUUAAAGAGAUAAGCAAUGAAGGUUUGAGUAAGAAUCCAAGUUGGAAAAUAGUAAAUACGAUGGGUUCUGAUGAUCAAGUAGAUGUUGGGAAGCUUGGGG